AUGUCUACGAUAUCACAGCUGCUGCGUCAGACUAAACUGUCACAAGUUCCUCGACCUCGUGUGGGUGGGUCCAAGAGCAGGUGCUAUCCCACACAUCAGAUUAUUGAGACGAAACCGUCGACUCUCUCGCAUCAAGAAUGGGGGUUGAAGUCUACGCUUCCUUCGAAGAUUAGGACCAGGUACAUUGAAUUGGAUGCUCUGGAUUCUUUGGAACGGAUGACCAAGUUUGAGCCCAACGGUGGGAAUCAGUGGAUUAGACUUAGAUUCCAAGAGAUGGGAGUGGUUCCCUCGUAUCAGACAGGUAAAGUGAAUCCUUUGUUUCACAAGGAUGGAUCCUCAUACGAGUCAUUGACAGAGGUGAUUGAUGCCAAGAGUGGACAGGAAAGAUUGAAUAGGAGGAAAAUUGAGCAAAUCAAACAGGCUAGAAACGAUUUCAAGAAGUGGUUGAUUGACAAGCAUGCUAUGGACGUUGAUUUCAAACAUUUCAACGCCACAACUUUGAAAAAUCUGGCCAUUGAAUUCUUAAAUGAGCAGAUUAACACUAAGAGGUUGAAAUUUCCUAGAGAUAGAGUCAUUGGUAACGGUGGGUUAAGUUACAAACUGAAAGGAAGACUGGAUAAUUCACCUAACGGAGUUGUUACAAAACAUAUAGUACCCGGUAGAAUGGUAAAUAGUUCACAUCAGAAUCAAAAUGUCGCAGCUAUUGGUGGCUUCAUUGCUAGAUCUCUUGGUGAAAAUGAUAAAAAAAAUUCUUACAAUAAAGGUGAUUUUAUCAGAGAAUUAGUUUACCCAUUUACCAUUGAAAAUGUCACCAUGAAGGAUAAUGGUAAGACGGAAAUUCAAGCACGUUGUAACACUUCAUUAAAUGCAUCCACUAGGCAUUCAAUCAUGUCAUAUCAGUACCAACAAAGACAAUUGAAUUCUAGGACGAAAAAGAAGAAUAAAAUUUUAGAUCCUGAUGAAGUGAAGAAAGAGUAUGACAGUUUAGUCGAGACCCUAAAGGGAAUGAGAAAGCCGUAA